AUGAAUUCGCGACUUGAUGUCUCGAAAAUUCUGCCUGAAGAGGUGUAUCAACCACUCCUAGCGCUAGGUCUCCCUCCCACAGUAACUCUUGAGCAAUUUACACGAUUAUAUCGUGGUCCACUGGCCGAUAUCUUGGUCUUUCUCAGUGAAAGCGUGCUGGGGAAGAUGGAUGUAAUGAAAGCUCGUGGUGACAUUCAUGGAAUGAAGGUAGUGGGAAACGAUGCCGCGAAACCCCACAGAAUUAAGGCGUUUCGUUCAGAAGAUAGAUCGCGCUUUAGACUCACUGGAGCCAAGAAAAGUUAUGCUUUAUGCCAGAAGGAGCUGGAUGAGCUAUUGGUGGCAUCGGAAGAAACCCAGCUUAAAAUCAGUAACUUGAGAAAUCAGCUUAAAGACACUCGAAAUACCGCAUUUUUACUUACUCUCUUGGAGAAGAAGGAGUUGACGAGGAUGAAAAGGAUCGAAGAGAUAACAACUCUCUUAAGAAGACUGAAAGAAGCACUUGACCAACGUCAGUCGUCUCAGUUGUCUGUUUCUGUGCCGCCAGAAAUAGACAGAAAGGAAAUACUAAGACGUCGAAUGACUCACUCUAGAGAUGCAUUAACGAACACCGAAGCAUAUUAUGUUGCCCUCUCCCGCGUUACACUGUCGGAGACGCCCUGGAGGAAUCAAGAUUAUAUACCUCGACUGAAGACCGUGAUGCAAAAGCAUCUUUCUUCUCGAGAUGCGCAGAUAGAGGCUACUGUCGCUAACAUCGUGCGAUGGGCACGGACCUGUGCGCAUGAGAAAGCCAAAUAUCACUCUGCAUUGCGGAAUGCUGACAUGGUCAGCGACGCUGAGUUAGACCGAACAGAGUUCUGCGUUCGAAACUAUGAAGCCAUGCUACAGGGACUGUGCGAUCAUUCAGCUUCUUUGCUUUUCGCUAUCAAUCCUCAUAUACAAUACGUGACCGCUUUUCAAUUAUCUACAAUACAAGUCUUAGCGGAGUCUUUAGGCGAUAAAGCUUAUCCAAGAGGAUAUUUAGAUGACCAACGACGACUAUUGGUAGAACAAGUGCCGAGUGAUUCUGUCACACAUAAGGACGUAUCAUUUGUGCAAAGUGCAAAGCAGACAUUAAAAGCGAGUCAGGCGGUGUGUGUGCCGAAACUUGUACAAGAUUUAGAGCGUCUAAUACUAUCAAUUGACAAACGGAGACGUAUAUCGGCACUCGCCCCAAGUCUUCCCUUAUCGAUGGAGAAUCACAAGGGAUCGCUUUCGCGACAUAGAGCGGAUAGUCAGAAGAUCGAAGCCAGUACAAUCAAAUUACUGAAGAGAAAACUUGACAAAGCAAACAUGGGUGCCGGGCUAGUCAAGGACGUCGAAGUCCUUGUAGACGAAGCGAAGUUCAUCAUCGGUCGGAGCAAGUAA